AUUAGUUUAAAUAAUAGUUAUAGCGCACCGGGAUCUGGUGCAUCUUCACCAAAUUUACAAGUUUUCCAAAAUGGUAUUGCACACUCCACUUCAUCAUCAUCAUUAUCAUCACCAUUAAAAGAAUCAUUUUCAUUUUCCUCAUUAUCAUCAUUACAAAAUUCAACAUCAGGUAUGGUAAAUAAUCAGUCAGUUAAUAAUAAUAGUAAUAAUAGCAACGGCAAUAAUAAUAUAGCAAGUAAUGGUAAUGGAAAUACUACAAAUAAUAAUAUAUCAACUACACCAAUUUAUAAAUCUUUCCAAUCAAUUUUUGAAACACUUUUAGAUGAAUUGGAUUACUCCAAAAAGAGAAGAGAAGAGUUAUUAAGUUUAACUAGUGAAGAGAAAUGGAUUUUUUUACAAAGAAUAAAACCAGAUUGUACAAAUUCUUUAAUUAAUAAUGGUAUUUAUCAAUAUCAAAAUCAAAUUUCUUCAAAUGAUCUAAAAACUUUAAUUUCAUCGCCACCCAAAUUAAAUAAUUCACAACAACAUAUAACAUUACAAAAAUCAAUACCUUCAUUAUCAGUUUCUUCAUCUCCAAAAAGCCCAAGAAGUCAUUUAAAAGUUUUACAUUUAAAUUCGUUGUUAACAUUUGAAGAUAUUUGCAAACUAAAACAACAAUUACUUGGUAAGCCAGUAUCUUGGGUAAUUAAUUUUGCAGAAUCAACAGGUAUAGUUUCAAUAUUAUCAAUGAUAUCAACAUAUUCAAAUAAUAAAGAAAUGAAAACUGAGGAUUAUUUGGUAAUUAACGAAUGUUUAUUAUGUUUAAAACUAUUGAUCGAGUUAGAAAUGAAAUCUUUGUUAUUAUCUGAUUUAUCAGAAAUUUUCCCAUUGGUUUUAUCGCCAGUUUUAUCAACUAAAAGAAACGCAUUUGAAGUUUUAGAUUCUCUUUGCAAAACAUUUUAUUUGGGAUCAUCUAUCGUUUUGGAAUCGAUUCAUCUAUAUAGCAGAAAAAGUAAUCAAUCACUAGAAAAGGUAUUUUCUUUUAUAACCACUCCAUUAGAUGGUGAAUUUGCAGCCGAUCUAAAAGUUAACUGUAUGUCAUUAAUCAAUCAUUUAAUUAGUUCAAAACAAUCUUUAAUGGACCGUAUAGAAAUUCGUUCAAAGUUCUUAUCAAAUGAAAUACUAUUAAUUUUAAAGAACUUAAGAAUAGAUGGUGAAGGUAUUGAAACAUCAUCAUGGAAGCAACUGGAUAAUGAAAUGAAGUUAUUUGAAACAAUGAUGGUCGAUGACAAUAAUCAAAUUAGUUUAAUCGAAAAUGAAACAAAUAAUGUAUCCGCUUGUAGUGACAACCAAAUAAUAAAUCAAAAUGGUAGUGUAAAUGGUGAUAAAGAUACACGUAGCAAUAGCUUCAAUGAAAACAGCAGUUUCAGUAGUACCAGUAAUAUCAAUAGCAUUAGCAACAGCAUUGAAUUUAAUGAAAAUGGCCAAGAAUUAUUAAAGAGCUCUUUAAAUAACGAAAUUGUUUUAAAUGAAAACAAAUUAAUUGUCAUUGUUUCUUUCCACCAAAAGAAUAAAUACAAGAGCAGAAAACAGCAAAUUCAACAUCAGCAACAACAACAACAGCAAUUACAAUUCCAAAAGCAAUUGGAUGAUGAUGAUGAAGACGAAGAAAAUAUCAAAUUAGAUGAUUCUAAAAGUGCUCAUAAUGAGGAAGAAGAGGAUUCUGAAGAAAAUGUUAAAUCAUUAAUUCAAAGUAGAGAAAUUAUUGUACCUGUUCAAAGAAGAUCAAAAGCUUCAGAUAUUAUAAGAUCAUUGCUUUCAUCCAAUUCAAAUCUUAAAGAGCUUGGUGAAUGGGGUUUAUAUGUUAUUGACAAAAACAAUGUUGGCUCAUUCUUAAAAGAUGAUGAAUUUAUUUUCGAAGUUGAUGAAUUACCACAACAACAAAAUAUUGUUACACCACGUAAUAUAAAAUUAAUACCAAGAUUUAGAGAGUACAGAUUGAAGAUGAUACCAUGGAAGGUUAGAAUUUCACUUGAAAAGGUUAAGGAAAUGGGUGUUAUAGGAAAUUUCACAUCAGAUAAAUGUAUUGCAGAAUCUCCAAUGGACCCAACUAUGACAUGCUCAGGUUUAGUUUAUUAUCUUUUAAAGAAACAUAUGCCAAAUAUUUACAGCAAUUAUUGUUUAGAGCCAGAUGAUUUCGGUUUAUAUUUAGAUAACAGUAGUACUGCAUGGAGUGGUAAUACUGGAAGCGGUUAUUGGUUAGAGCCAUUAGAAAAAUUACACGACUAUGAUGAAAUAUUUAAAGAUCCAAAGUUAACAGUACAGUUAAAACUCAGACCUAAAGGUGUUAAAUUAAAGUUUGCAGAUGGAACAUUUGAAAUAUUUAAAUUAAAUUUAAUGUUGCCAACUGAAAAGAUUUUCCAAGAGAUUUCAGAAAAAGUAAUAGAUUCUAAUAAUAAUAUCAAUUUAUCAUAUUAUGGCAUUUUUAUCGAUAGACAAUUAGAUAAUAAUAGUGGCAAUGGAAAUGGUAGCAACACUAGUUUUAGCAAUUUUAGUAAUUUAAAUAUUUCCUCAUCGUUCAAAGAGACAAAGAAACCAGAAUGGUUAGAAAAGGGUUUACCAUUAUAUCAUUAUAAAAUUACCGAUCGUUGUUGUUUAAGAUUUGCAUUAAGACCAUCAAAUAUUAGUUUAUCAAUUGAUUUAUCAUUAUUUAAUAAAUUUAAAUUGAAAAAUAAUAGUAAAAAUAAUAGUAAUGGCAACAGCAAUAAUAAUGGUAAUGAUGAUUCUGAUGAUUCUGAUGAAGAAUUAGAAUUUCCAUCUGUCACUACCGGUAAAGUUGGACCAGCUAUAGAUGACGAAAAUAAUUUAUUAAAGAAAUUCCAAGAUGUUUUAAAUUUCAAUUUGCCAGAAAAGACCCAAAUUCAAUUUAAAGAAAUUACUGUAAAAUUACCACUUCAUUUACCUUUAGGAGAAGCACUGGAAAUCGAUGAAAGUUGGAUUGAAACCAAUAUUUUACGUGAAAAAUGUUCAUUCCAUUUCGAUUCAUUUGACGGUCAACCAUUAAAUCAGAACCAACCAUUAAAUAAUCAAAAUUUCACAGAGAAAAAUAAAAUUUUUGUUUUAUUAGCAGAGGAGGAACAUAAUGAUCAAAUGGAUGAAUUCAAUAAGGUUAACAUUUGGGAAGAACCAUUCGAUUCAACUACAAUUAUUUGUGAUCCAGACAAUCCAGGUCAAAUUAGAGCAGCAACUUUAAACAAAUUAUUAGAACAAGCCACCAACAACAUUGAAAAGGAUCGUGAAUUAAUGAACAUUCUUUUAAUGACAUAUAUGUCUUUCUCAACUUCAGAUAUACUUUUAGAUAAAUUGGUCGAGCGUUAUAAUGUCCCAGAUCACGAAAAAGACCAAAAAUCAGUUGUACAACUCCAUACAAUCGUUUUCUUAAAGAAUUGGCUUGAACAACAAGCACCACAAGCUGCCUCUGGUGGUGGUUUAGAAGAAAAGUUUUUAGUUCGUCUAUCUGAUUUUGUAGAUAAACAAAUAACCAAUGAUGGAUAUACUAAAAUUGUACCACAGUUAAAGAAAUGGAUCGAUUCAGCACUCAAAGAGAAAAGAGCAUAUGCUAUGCCAGAAGCUUCACGUCCAAAUACAUAUGGUAAACUCUCUAUAUCAUCAUCAAUCUCAUCAAGAACUCUAUUGGAUGACGAGUUAUUUGUAGCACAACAACUAACCAUUCGUGAAUAUGAUACAUUCAAAAGAAUUCAGGCAGUAGAGUUUUUAGGUCAAUCCUGGUCUAAAGCCAAACUUCAAUAUAAAGCAAAGAAUCUUUUAAAGAUGAUUGAACGUUUCAAUAAAUACUCGACCGGUGUCUCAACAGCUAUUCUUAGUCAACCUAAAUUAAAAUCUCGUGUUAAAUUAAUUUGUAGAUUCAUUAAAAUCGCUCAACAUUGUAGAGAAUUAAACAACUUUCAUUUAUUAACCGCGUUUAUGGCUGGUAUUAGAAAUUCAAAUGUUAUACGUCUCCGUUUAACAUGGGCAAAGGUACCAAAGAAAUAUCUACACAUUUUAGAAGACCUUGAAAAGAUUAUGUCAAUGGAAGGAUCAUUCAAGGAAUUUAGACAAAAAAUGGCUGAAACUAUACCACCAUGUAUUCCAUACCUUGGAGUUUAUCUUAAAGAUUUAACAUUCAUCGAAGAGGGUAACCCAGAUACAAUCAAUUCUUUAAUUAACUGGAGCAAAAAGAAAUUAAUUUUCAAUAUUGUAUCAAUUAUUCAACGUUGUCAACAAGUUCCAUAUGAUUUUGGUUCAUUAUCUCAAUUAAAUCAAGCUAGAUCCGAAAUGCUUUUAAAUUAUUUUGAUACUUUACCAACUGCAAUUGACGAAUUAUUAUACAAAAUUAGUUUAAACUUAGAACCAAGACAAUCAACUACAACCACAACAAAUUAAAAAUAUUAAAAUAUUAAAAUAUUAAAAUAUAGAGAUAUUAAAUAUUAAAAUAAAAAUAUAUGUAUAU